AAAAAGAAAAAAUUGUCUUCCGAAAUUUAUGUAAUAUGUUAUUUCAUAAUGUCAGAAAUUAAACCACUUUUGAAUCCUCAAGAAGCUAUUCAAUUAUCGAAAUUACUUUCAUAUAUAUUGCGACAUGGCGCUGUUAAAGAAAAAUUACAAAUCUCUACUGAUGGCUACAUUGCAGUAAAUGAUUUGUUAGGACAUUCUAAAUUUAAAAAAGUGACAUUUGAACAGAUUCGUUAUGUCGUUGAUACAAAUGAUAAAAAACGAUACGAACUAAGCGAAUUACCACCUACAUCUAAUAAUUGGUUCAUAAGAGCAAGUCAGGGACAUUCAAUAAAAUCUAUUGACUCAAAUGAAUUACUCGAAGAAAUUACAGAUAAGAUAGAUACAUGUGUAAUUCAUGGUACUAACUUGCAAGCUUGGCAACACAUUAAAGAAAAAGGAUUAUCAAAAAUGAAUCGUAAUCAUAUUCAUUUUGCUGUGGGCUUACCAGGUGAUCCUAAUGUUAAAAGUGGUAUUCGAAAAACAAGUGAGAUAUUUAUUUAUAUUGAUACAGAAAAAGCUAGACAAGAUGGUAUUAUAUUUUAUAGAUCAAAGAAUCACGUUAUCUUAUCCAAUGGUAUUGAAGGUAUAAUUGCACCCAAAUAUUUUAAAAAGGUGAUAGAUAAAGAAGGCAAGCAAAUCAAUUUAUAAGAAGAGAGACGAUACGUGUUUAUACUAUAAAUAUAGAUAAAAUAUACAACAAAAAAUAAAAUAAAAUAAAAUAAAUAUAUGUAAUAAUUAUUGAUAAUGAUGAUGAGUUCGAUAAGAUUCUGCUGCUGUUAAAGGAUCUUCCAAUGUUGGACCACUGCUAUUGUUUGUAGGUGUAAGUUGAAGAAGUGGCUGUUGUGAAUAUAUAUCUUGUUGAUGAAUAUAAUUAGCAGAUGUUGGUAAUUGCUGCUGUUGCUGUUGCUGUUGCUGU